ACAGGAUUGCCAACCUUGAGGCUGAUUGUGGUGGUUUGGGAGGAGUUAAGAGCAGCUGAUGCACUAGCAGUGUGGACACUAGAUUGAACACAAUUUAAUCCUUCAACCUAACAGCUGCUUGUGAGAUUAAGAUGGAGGAGCAGAUAGAAACCGUACUGAUAGAGACAAAACUGGGAACUCUGAAAGGCAGAACUCAAACUUCUGCAUUUGAUGGAGAGAAAUACUACUCUUUCAGAGGAAUUCCCUACGGAAAGCCACCUGUUGGAGAACUCAGGUUCAAGGCCCCUCUGCCCUAUGGUGGAUGGACAGGCGUGAGAGAUGCAUUGGAAGACGGACACGACCCUAAGCAGCGUCUGCUCCUGCGACUCCCAGGGACUGACCCCAACAAGGAAACUGAUGGAGAAGAGGACUGUCUCUAUCUCAACAUCUACAUAAAGCAGCUGCCAGAGAAGAGUGGUCUCAAGAAGCCAGUGAUGGUCCACAUCCACGGAGGAGGUUUUGCUGGGGGAUCUGGAGGCUCAAAGGCUGCAGGACCAGACUACUUCAUAACAGAAGACAUUGUGUUGGUGUCCUUGAACUAUCGAUGUGGAGCGUUUGGCUUCCUCUCUUUUGAAAAUGAAGAGGUUCCAGGCAACGCAGGACUCAAGGACCAAACAUUAGCUCUCAGAUGGGUCCAAGACAACAUUGAUAGUUUCGGAGGAGACUCAAACAAUGUCACCAUCUUUGGUAUCAGUGCAGGAGGUGCUUCAGUGCAAUACCAUCUGCUGUCUCCUCUGUCUAAAGGUUUGUUUCACAAAGCUAUUAUCCAAAGUGGGUUUUGUCAGGAUCCAUGGGCUUUUCAACCAUCACCAAAAAAAGUUGGAAUGAAACUUGCGAAAACUUUAGGUUGUACAUCAGAUGAUCCUCAUGAAGUAUUUGAAUUUCUGAAGUCUAUUCCAAGUGAUGACAUUGUUAAAGCUACAGAAGUAUUCAUCAAGGAUGAGGACUACAUAAUGUUGGUCGGAUUAGUGUUCUCUCCUUGCGUAGAGGUUGCUGGAGAUGACAAAUUCCUCCCGGACACUCCUACUAACCUAAUGAAGAGAGGAGAAUACAACAAAGUACCAACCAUUCUGGGAGUGUGUGAGAAUGAGGGAUCUGUGUCUGCUUUAUUUAUAAUGAUGUACAAGCUGAGUUUUGACCUCCUCCCCAAUGCAAUGAAUGCCAAGCCAGAAAUACUCGUUCCCCCAUCUUUGGGGAUAAAGCUGGGUAGUGAAGAACAUAAAAAAGUACAAGAUGCAAUCAAGGAGUUCUACUUCAAAGGAAAAGCUGUGAAAAACAUUGAGGAAUUACUUGCUUUUGAGAGUGACUACCUGUUUAACGUCGGACUUGGUGAUACCAGGAGGUACUUGUUGUCAAACUCCUCUCAACCUGUAUACUCCUACUUGUUCACAAACCACAAGAACUGUUACUGCCAGUUAUUUGCAUCCAUGAUGGGUCCUGACAAUCCCAUGGCUGCCUUGCUAUCUCGUUCAGAAACUUGCCAUGCAGCCGAUUUUAUGUACCUCUUCAGAACCACCUCCUUCUUGUCAUUACCAGAAUUGACAGAUGAACACAGGGAAGGGAUUUCCAAACAUGUAAAAGCAUGGACUUCCUUUGCACGAACUGGAAAUCCAAAUGUGGCUGAAUGUGGAGUGAGGUGGACCCCGGACUCCCAGUCCAGUCCCUGCUACAUGGACAUCGGGACUGACUGGACUGUCAAAGAAGGAAUGCCUUUUGCUGACAGAAUCAACUUUUGGCUGCAGAUCGCAGACAAAUAUUGUUAAUAUAGUUUACUUGGCAGUUAUGCAAGCUUAAAGAGUAACUAAUCAGUAUUUUUAAUUUUGCUCACAAUUAUUUUCUCAAAAUCUCUCUCGGGCUAUAAUUGACUAUAGAGGGGUAAGUAAGAGAACCCAGUGUGAUGAGACAGUGGCUCUGUGGAUAGUGAGACAGUCUACCAAAUUUAAGGUAGCGAUGUCGUGGGUGCACGACUGCACGUCCCUGUGCCGUCAGUUAAAAUAUAUCAGUGCAGUUCAUCCUUGUCCCCCCACCUGCUCCCCAUUUGCUUGAUAAUUUGCAUGCACAUGCAUUUAAGACCUAAUGUCAAUGGCCAAAUUAUAGGUUAAAACAGGCCGCUUUUCUCUUUAAAAAGGAGAGAAAGAACUACAUGCAACUCUCUUAUUUAUUUUCUGCAAGUUCAUGAUGAAACCAUACUGUAAAGGCUACAUGGAAGGUAUAGUCAGCUGUUGAUGAUUGACUAGCUUUGCCUCUUCUAAUAUCCUGUUUGUAAAUACAUUAAAUAAAAUGUUUCAUGGUAAAACAUACUAUUUCUUUUAAUAAUACAUCAAAGUUAAAACACAUAACUUUUGGACCAUUUAACUCAUUUUGAUAUAUUUUCUAUUCAUAUCAGUUCAUAUCUUACAUAUAGAACGUAUAUUAUUUUACAUGUGUUUCUUGUAAGUAUAAUAUCUUCGCUGAUUUAAAUCACAUCACUGACCAUUUCUGUUAAUGCCAAGGUCAAGACAGUAAAUCAAAAUUGUUUAUUUUGUCAAGGCUAGAACAUUGCAGGACUUGUUCUGUAGUAAAUAAACUGUGGUAAUUUACACUGGUCACUGGUCUGGUGAAAUUUAUUUUUUAUACUAAGCCAUGUCAAUGUUUAUUUUGCAAGCAUUUGGAUAUAUUAUGUUAGAAAAUAGUUUUAGGACUAAUAACUGUAGGGAAUGCUGUCGAUUUUAGAUUGCCACUCUCAUCUGAAAUGACAUACUGCCUUACUUUAUAGUUAAGGUACUCCAUGUAGUAUUGUUUUUGACUUGAUAACAUAAAAUGUUCUCAUUCCUUACAAGAGUUAAUACAAAUAAAAUUCCAAUGAAU